CGGCGGUAGGGGGCGCGCACCGCGGCAGCGCGGCUAGCUAGGCUGCUCGUUGGGCCUUUCCGGCCCUGUGUGUCGGGAAGAUGGGGCAAGAAGCCGAGCCCGAGGGGCGCCCCCGACCCCUCUGACCGAGAUCCUGCUGCUUUCGCAGCCAGGAGCCCCGUCCCUCCCCGGAUUAGUGCAUUCGAGCGCCCAGUGCCCUGGCCCCGAGAGUGGAAUGGUCCCCGAGGCCCAGGACGUAGUGCUUCCGCGGGCCCCGUGAAGGAAACUGGGGAGUCUCGAGGGACCCCCGACUCCAAGCGCGAAAACCCCGGAUGGUGAGGAGCAGGCAAAUGUGCAAUACCAACAUGUCUGUACCUACUGAUGGUGCUGUAACCACCUCACAGAUUCCAGCUUCUGAACAAGAGACCCUGGUUAGACCAAAGCCAUUGCUUUUGAAGUUAUUAAAGUCUGUUGGUGCACAAAAAGACACUUAUACUAUGAAAGAGGUUCUUUUUUAUCUUGGCCAGUAUAUUAUGACUAAACGAUUAUAUGAUGAGAAGCAACAACAUAUUGUAUAUUGUUCAAAUGAUCUUCUAGGAGAUUUGUUUGGUGUGCCAAGCUUCUCUGUGAAAGAGCACAGGAAAAUAUAUACCAUGAUCUACAGAAACUUGGUAGUAGUCAAUCAGCAGGAAUCAUCAGACUCAGGUACAUCUGUGAGUGAGAACAGGUGUCACCUUGAAGGUGGGAGUGAUCAAAAGGACCUUGUGCAAGAGCUUCAGGAAGAGAAACCUUCGUCUUCACAUUUGGUUUCUAGACCAUCUACCUCAUCUAGAAGGAGAGCGAUUAGUGAGACAGAAGAAAAUUCAGAUGAAUUAUCUGGUGAACGACAAAGAAAACGCCACAAAUCUGAUAGUAUUUCCCUUUCCUUUGAUGAAAGCCUGGCUCUGUGUGUAAUAAGGGAGAUAUGUUGUGAAAGAAGCAGUAGCAGUGAAUCUACAGGGACGCCGUCGAAUCCGGAUCUUGAUGCUGGUGUGAGUGAACAUUCAGGUGAUUGGUUGGAUCAGGAUUCAGUUUCAGAUCAGUUUAGUGUAGAAUUUGAAGUUGAAUCUCUCGACUCAGAAGAUUAUAGCCUUAGUGAAGAAGCACAAGAACUCUCAGAUGAAGAUGAUGAGGUAUAUCGAGUUACUGUGUAUCAGGCAGGGGAGAGUGAUACAGAUUCAUUUGAAGAAGAUCCUGAAAUUUCCUUAGCUGACUAUUGGAAAUGCACUUCAUGCAAUGAAAUGAAUCCCCCUCUUCCAUCACAUUGCAACAGAUGUUGGGCCCUUCGUGAGAAUUGGCUUCCUGAAGAUAAAGGGAAAGAUAAAGGAGAAAUCUCUGAGAAAGCCAAACUGGAAAACUCAACACAAGCUGAAGAGGGCUUUGAUGUUCCUGAUUGUAAAAAAACUAUAGUGAAUGAUUCCAAAGAGUCGUGUGUUGAGGAAAAUGAUGAUAAAAUCACACAAGCCUCACAAUCACAAGAAAGUGAGGACUAUUCUCAGCCAUCAACUUCUAGUAGCAUUAUUUAUAGCAGCCAAGAAGACGUGAAAGAGUUUGAAAGGGAAGAAACACAAGACAAAGAAGAAAGUGUGGAAUCUAGUUUGCCCCUUAAUGCCAUUGAACCUUGUGUGAUUUGUCAGGGUCGACCUAAAAAUGGUUGCAUUGUCCAUGGCAAAACAGGACAUCUUAUGGCCUGCUUUACAUGUGCAAAGAAGCUGAAGAAAAGGAAUAAGCCCUGCCCAGUGUGUAGACAACCAAUUCAAAUGAUUGUGCUAACUUAUUUCCCCUAGUUGACCUGUCUGUAAGAGAAUUAUAUAUUUCUAACUAACCCUAAGAAUUUAGACAACAUGAAAAUUACUUACAUAUAUCAAAGUGAGAAAAUGCUUCAGUCCACACAGAUGUCUUCUCUUUAGUAUAACUGACCCACUUUGGUAGCAGAAUAGUGAAUACUUACUAUAAUUUGCAUUGAAUAUGUAGCUCAUCCUUUACCCCAACCCCUAAUUUUAAAUAAUUUCUAUUCUCUCUUAAAUGAGAAGUGUCUUUUUUUUUUUUAAAUAUAUGUAUAUGGCAUUUAAAUGUAACUUAUUAAUUUUUUUUUGAGAUGGAUUCUCGCUCUGUCGCCCAGGCUGGAGUGCAGUGGCGCAAUCUCGACUCACUGCAAGCUCCGCCUCCCAGGUUCACACCAUUCUCCUGCCUCAGCCUCCGGAGUGGCUUGGACUACAGGCACCCGCCACCACGCCCGGCUAAUUUUUUGUACUUUUAUUGUAAGAGACAGGGUUUCGCUGUGUUAGCCAGGAUGGUCUCGAUCUCCUGACCUCAUGAUCUGCCCACCUCAGUCUCCCGAAGUGCUGUGAUUACAGGCGUGAGCCACCGUGCCAGGCCUAAAUGUAACUUAUUUAGUACCUUUGAUGUAAAGAGAAAAUGUGUGAAAGAUUCAGUUUUUUUGUUUUUUUUUUUGAGAUGAGUCUGUUACCCAGGCUGGAGUGCAGUGUCAUGAUCUUGCAGUCUCU